AUGAAGGAAACAAACAAAGAUCUACUGGAAUUAGAGGACAAGAUUCCAUCAUCUUCUUCUUCCUCUGCAAUCGAAUCGGUGCUUUUGCUCACUAAGGAGAAGAAGGAGAAGAAGAAGAAGAAGAGAGAGGAGGAGGCUCCAUCAAAGCCAACGAUUGCUCCAGUUCCCAAAAGCCAAUUUCUCGACAAAUUAAAAGGCUUCCUUGGGGUUAUGGCGGAAGCGAACAAAAAGUUGGAGCAAGAAGUAGCAGAGGGAAACUCGGAAGCUUUUGAUAUCGAAGCACUUACGGGAGACGAAUCUCAGGUUGUCGAGAUGAAUCUGAUGGUCGGUGUCGCUGAUCUCAACACUCCUGAAGCUGUCAAAGCGGCUGAAGCAGCUAUUGCAGGCAAUGGUCCUGCUGCUGAAAGUGGAGACUCAAGUAGCGAUGAUGAGAGUGAUAGCGACGAAGAGGAGGAGAAGAGCUCUUUGGGUGAUGAAGGUAGCAGAAAACGUACCAAGAUCACUGAGCUUUCCUGA